GGUCCUGCAGAGCACAUGAUGAAAAUAGGUAAUUUCACAAAUGUCCAAGAAUUUAUCCUGGAAGGAUUUCCUGCUGCCCAACACCUGGGGAAACCCCUCUUCGUGGUCCACUUGCUUUUGUACUUAGUGUCCAUCAUGGGAAGCAUUGUCAUUGUCACUAUCACAUGGGCUGAUCGCUGCCUCCAAACACCCAUGUAUUUUUUCCUAAGCAAUUUCUCCUUCUUGGAAAGCUGCUUUAUAACUACUGUUAUACCCAAAUUGCUAGCAAUCUUCCUUUCAGGAAUGCAAACAAUUUCCUUUGCUGCCUGCCUCACCCAAAGCUUUUUCUUUCUGUUUUUGGGGUCAACAUGCUUCUUCCUUUUGGCUGUGAUGUCCCUGGAUAGGUAUAUGGCAAUCUGUAACCCUCUGCAUUACCACAGUAUCAUGAACAUGAGGAUCUGUUUCCUCUUAGUUUUAUCCUGCUAUGCUUUGGGUUUCAUAUUAAUCAUUGGCCUAAUCCUAAUGGUUUCUCGAUUAUCUUUCUGUGGCCUUAAUGUCAUCAACCAUUUCUUCUGUGACUUAGGUCAUCUGGUGCAUCUUUCAUGUUCUGAUACCAGUACUACUGAAUCAUUAACCUUUCUUCUUUCCAUAGUUAUCAUCCUAUCUUCCCUCACCAUAACAGUCAUAUCAUACAUCAAUAUAAUAACUACGAUAAUUAAUCUCCCAUCUGCCAAAGAGAGACAGAAAGCCUUUUCCACCUGUUCUUCCCACCUCAUUGUCCUUUUUCUGACAUAUGGAAGUUGUGUUUUUAUAUAUGUGAAACCAAAGCAGUCUGACAGACUAGAAGCCAACAAAGAGGCAGCACUUAUGAACACUGUGAUCACCCCUUUGCUGAAUCCUUUCAUUUAUACACUACGAAAUAAGCAAGUCAAAAAGGCCUUGAGAGAUGCUUUAUACAGAAUGAAAUCCACAAGACAGUCAAUUUUAGAUUUGGAAAGAGACUUAACGUCAUUUAAGACAAGCUGA